UCUGUUGGAAUAAACUUAACAAUCUGUCCAAAAUUGAGUAUGAUUUGAAAACAAAGCUCGAAGCUUUGAAAGAAGAAAGAAUCGACCUAUUAAAGACACUCAGAGAAAAGUACAACACAAAAUCAUCUGCGGUAUUCACGCCAAAAACAAAGAAACGAUGUAUUGUGCAUUCUCCUACCCCCCGUAAAACGAAACGAUCCCUAGCCUUGACUCCACAACGGACUGGUUCUGCAGCAGCGUGUGCAAAUGAAAUGGAACCUCAGCCCAUGAUUGAAUCACCUGUGCCUGUUCAAGGAAAAGAACAACAGGCUCACGAGAGAGAGCAAGAAGUUAAAAAGAAAUCAAAGAAAGAACUCUUUUCUUCAAAGGUUCCGUACAGGACAAAGGCAUCGAAAGACAAACUUGCAAGAACUAUUUAUUCUUCAAGUUUAAAGCCACACAUACUUGCAUGUCUUUUGAAAGAUAUCAACAAGGAAAUGUCAUCCUUGUGUCUACUAAAACCAAAUCAAUUUUGAGACAAAUUAAAUGUGACAGCUUGGCCAAUUUCAGCAUGGAUCUUUUUAAUCAAGAACUUCAAGCUCAAGCACCUCUGACUUACAAAAUUAUUUCAACACUGGUGAAGGACUCAGAGGUUGGAACAUCUGUGGGCUCAGCUGUGUUGUUAAACUUUCGGAACAAACACAUGUCUUCCUUGCAUCACAUAAUUACUCAAGUUCUGGACCGAGGUGGUGCCACAAAUGAGACAAUAGCCACCCUAAAUAAACUGGGACUCUGUGUGUCAACAUCCUCUGCAGCAAAGCAACAGCAAGAACUUUUGAAGCGACAGAUGCAACAUAUUGAGAAACUGAUGCUUCAUGAGAGGGCGGAAAUUGAGAAAUCAGUUCAUCUACCAAAUUUUCUACAAGAAAUCAUCUGCAGGAGAUAGAGGAAGUCUGUCAUACCUUAGGAACCGAGUCGGAAGAAUUGAUGUCCAAGGAGCAGAAGAAGUGAUUGGCAAAUACAGAUCACACUUUGCAUUCGUGGAAGACUGCCUUGAUGCACAUUUAGUUGCAGCAGCACUGAAGUAUUUGGAGAUAAAAGAUGUUGAGGAAGAUUCUAAUCUCAGACAGUCAUUGUUUGAGGCUCUUCCUAAUGAAGAACAGCGACAGUUCAUAUACUCCAUUGCACGAGGGAUUUUGGAUCGAUACAUUAAAUUAUCCGAUGGAUUGAAUGUCAUCUCUAUGAAGGCUCAGGCACUUGAUGCACAAGUCAACCACAUCAAUUCUAUGUACGACAAUCACGUGAAGAAAUUCAUUUGCCAACCUUGUAAUAGGAAGUACAAAACUCUGACUGGUAUGAAAAAACACUUGCAAAAGGAACAUGGAAUGGCUGAUCUGGGAGAACCUGACGACUCAUCAUCCAAAUUGGACCACGUUGCGAUAUAUCACGCAUCUUUUAUGAAAUGCGCCCUCCUAUUACGCGAUACAAAUGAUGCUUACAAAAUGGGUGAUGGCGAUAGAGUUCUCAGCAAUUCGAAAUUUCAAAUGCUGUUAUCAAGGGCGGGAAAUCAUACCAAAUAUCAACUGUGGUUAUUUCGGUACAUGGCAAACUGUCUCUGUCUUCUUACCCCGAGAAUGGCCUAUGAGUAUAAGUGGAACUGUUCUGCCAAUUUGCAAGGCGGUCUGGGUAACAACAUUCCAUGCGAUAAUUUGGUAGAAUUACUUGUACAAACUGUGAAAAAAGCUGUGUAUGCACAAGGAGCCAACGCAACAUUUCUAAGUGUCAGAAAAGCCACACUUGCCAUCCAAGUCCAAGAUGAAAUCAAGAACAAUAUUCAAAAUGAAUGCGACAAAAAACAAAGUGGAAAGAAACGCCCACCCGUAUCAAAACUAGUGGACAUUUCUGCUAUGGCUUCCGAACUUGUCUCCAUCUUUGACAUUGUACCAGGACGCGAAUAUCCGUCAUUUACUGGAUUCAAAGACGUGUUCUUGAAUAUCAAAGUUGAUGAACUUCAUAAAUGGCUAACUAAAAACAAAGAAAGACUAAGCUAUGAAACACUUUAAUUCGGUAGUAAUGAAAUAUUGUUGUCCAUUCCAGAUAUGAUAUUAGGAAUUUUUUGAAGAAAGUUAUUAUAAUCUAAUUUGAACGAUGUCAGGUUCAUUUAUUGAAUUUGCAGAGACUAUUUCAAAUGUUGCAAAUGAUUUUACGAGUACUUGAAAUGUAUGUAUAUUGUAAUGAGAAAUUUGUGCACUAAUGAUAAAAGUAGUUUUGGUAUCUGCAUUUCAUGUUCUUAUGAGAAGACCAUUAAUAAAAUCAAAUCACUGAAA